AUGGGCGAAAGUGUCCAGCGACGGUCAUCAGGGCCGGGGGCGGCUUGGAAGCAUGGCUCUUGGGUGCUGUUGACUAUACAAUAUACCACUUUUGUGCUGUUAGUACACUAUUCUCGAAUGAUGCCCCCUACCGGCGGCAAACGAUACCUUACAUCGACUGCCGUGUUCUUUAACGAGGUUGUGAAACUCGCCAUUUCCCUGACGCUGGCGCUUUAUGAAGUCUCCAAAUCCGCACCUCCGUCGGUGCCCGCGACAUCCCUCCUCUCCACUUUAGCUGCGGCUAUUUUCUCCGGUGACAGCUGGAAAUUAGCCAUUCCGGCUGCUCUAUAUACGCUGGCCAAUUCGCUACAAUAUAUUGCGCUAUCGAAUUUACCUGCGGCGACAUUCCAGACCUCGUACCAGUUAAAAAUCGUCGUGACUUCUGUGUUUAGCCUCGUACUGCUGCAGAGAAGUGUUCCUCUGCGCAAAUGGGGACUGAUACUUCUACUGAUUGCAGGCGUCGCCCUUGUUAAUGUUCCUGUUAUCACCUCGGAUGAGCUCUCGCUCGAUAAUGGAGCGACGCAUUUCGACUUCCCGCGGUCUCUUGAGGAGUGGAAGUCGGUUAAACUCCAAGGUCAGGGUUUGCGCAAGCGCUCUGCGACGUAUGAGGGAAUCGAAGAGGAUAUUUUGACUGCGACUCCGUCUAUGGAUCGGAUUGUCGGCAUCCUUGCUACUCUCGGAUCCUGUGCUGCUUCUGGUUUGUCCGGAGUAUACUUCGAGAAGGUUAUGCGGGAUAGUGCAAAGUCUACGUCGCUCUGGGUUCGCAACGUGCAGAUUGCGGUCUAUUCUAUUUUUCCGGCGCUGUUCAUUGGUGUAGUGUUCCUGGAUGGCGAGAAAAUCGCUAAUGGUGGAGUGUUUGAGGGGUACAACUGGGUGGUUUGGGCUACUAUCAUUGUGCAAGCUCUUGGAGGAAUUGCGACGCCAUUCUUUGUUGGGCCGGCCUUCGCGGAUGCUAGAAAUGUCGCUUCAGCUACCACGAUCAUCUUGACUUCACUUGGCAGUGUCUGGCUAUUCGACUUUGAGCCGACCGUGACUUACCUCGUCGGCACUUUUGCAGUUCUUGUGGCUACAUAUCUUUGUGAGCUCCCAAGCUCAGACCCUAAGCUCCGCCCACCGCCAAUCCGCGUCGCGCGCUAUGAGAAGGAAAGCAAGAGUGACCAGGCUUCUCCAUCUUCUUCAUCUCCCCAAGAAAUCUCCAUCAAGCUCCCGACUACACCCUUCUUGUCCGACGCGGGAAUAUCUACAUCGCGACCCACGUCCCCAGGCGUUACGAGGUCCGGUGCCUCAAGGUCUUCAAACGGCGGGUACUUUUAA